CAGGCCACCAACACAACCCCCGGUGACACUGAGAACUCUUGCACACUUUAAGGAUGGACGCUUUGGUGAUGGGGGUGCUCCUCGCUUCUCUCUGGACCUUCACUGCGGGAUUUACCGAAGAAGACAUGAAGAACGCCAUGCUGCAGAAACUCGGGCUCACGGAGCUCCCAAGAAUUCAGAAGAGGGAUCUGGAGAGUGUUGUUGUUCCGGCUCACAUCAAGAACAAGUAUCUCUCCAUGGUGAAGCUUCAUAACAGGCGGAGGCGGCGGUCUGUGCCCAGUCUGGCUGGGAUCUUGCGCGGCAUUCAUGGGAGCGCCGACAUUUCUGGAAAAGUUGUGUAUUCGGACACGACACGACAGCGCCUUUCGUUUGACAUGGUCAGCAGAAUUACAGACAACAGUGAAGUCACCAUGGCCGAACUAAAGCUGUACAAAACCUCUCCACGCAAAGUGCCCUUUCAGCAGAGGAGAAGCACCAGACCCGCCAACAACGCCCGAGUGAGCAUCUACUGGGUUGAGACUCUGGACAACGGCAAAAACAGAACUUCAAUUGUAGACUCGAGGUUGGUGCCCAUUCAUGCGUCUGGGUGGACGAGCUUUGAUGUGACGCAAGCAGUCCAGUACUGGUCUAAGACCGAGCGUACAACCCCACUGCACCUGGAAGUGUGGAUUGAAGGGGAAAGACCCGGUAGCCACGCGGCGGAGAUGGCCAAGACGGUGCGCUUUGCUACAGAAGACGCCUCUGGCGCGAGCAUCGGGAAUCCAGACCUGGUCCUGUUCACCUUGGACUUGGAAGAAUUUGGGUCUCAAGGCGACUGCAAAUCUGGCAAAUCAGGGAACGGCAUGUGCUGCAGAGAGGAGCACUUCAUCAACUUCCGAGAGAUGACCUGGACUCAGUACUGGAUCAUCGAACCAGUCGGAUACCAGGCGUUCCGAUGCGCAGGGGGAUGCAGGCAACCCAAGCGCAGUUAUGGCUAUGGACAGCGCGCAUGCGCGGCCGUGGAAAGCGCUCCGCUGCCCAUCAUGUACCUAGUGAAGAGAGGAGACCAUACCGAAAUCGAGGUGGCUGAAUUUCCAAACAUGAUUGUAGAGAAAUGUGGAUGCACCAUGGACAACGCCUCUAUGGCAUAGGCUCCAUCUCUGAAAUAUGGCACC